AUGAAAGACUUACCUUCUGAAGUCAUCUUGGGCAACGACAUUGGCCCCCUGACUUCGACGUUUGCCUCUACCCCCGCUCAGGAGGCCCACGCAGUAACCAUCAGAGCACAAAGUCGCGCUGCCGAGAGCCAUUCGCUUCCUACUGAGACCCAGGUAAGCCAACCCAACCUACCCUUGACUGUAGAACCCCUACCCUGGGACACCCCAGAAGACUUUGGGCGUGAGGUGAACAGAGACCCUUCCCUCAGAAAGUAUCGAGAGAAAGCCAGGAGGGGCCAAGGGGGGUUGGAGAAGGAGCAAUUUAUCUGGGAGAAAGGCCGCUUGUACAGGCUCACCGAGACCCGGGGUAAUGCACCAGGGCCUAAGCAAAAACGCCAGCUGGUAGUUCCCCGGAAAUACCGGCAGGAGUUGUUGAGGAUUGGGCACGACGUACCCUUGGCAGGCCAUUUGGGAAUACGCAAGACAGGGUAUCGGAUAACCCAGAACUUCUUCUGGCCUGGCGUAUCCGACGACGUCAGGGCGUAUUGUCAAACGUGCGAGGUAUGCCAACGUAUAGGUAAAAAGGGAGACCACCCAAAGGCUAAACUAGUUUCCAUGCCCAUUAUUGAAGAACCGUUCACAAGGGUAGCCGUGGACAUUAUAGGGCCCCUGGCCCAACCUAGCCGUUCCGGCAAGCGGUAUAUACUCACCAUAGUAGACUACGCCACCCGUUACCCCGAAGCGGUAGCUCUCUCGAACAUACAGGCUGAGACCGUAGCAGAGGCCCUAGUUAAAGUAUUUUCCCGAGUAGGCUUUCCCAAGGAGGUUCUGUCCGACCAAGGUACCCAAUUCACGGCCGAGAUAACCCAGCAGAUAUGGAAAACCUGUGGAGCUAAAUCCCUGACUAGCUCCCCAUACCACCCCCAGACUAAUGGCCUGUGCGAGCGCUUCAACGGAACGCUAAAGCAAAUGUUGAAGUCGUUCACGGGGGCGUACAAGGAUUGGGAGCGAUUCCUGCCACACCUUCUCUUUGCCUACCGAGAGGUGCCGCAGGAAUCGACCGGAUUCUCACCCUUCGAACUUCUCUAUGGGAGGCGGGUGAGGGGGCCCUUAGAUCUCAUCAAGGAUCACUGGGAGGGGCAGACAGAGAUUGAGGGGACCCCGGUUGUACCUUAUGUCCUGGAGCUGAGGGACCGCAUGGAGGAAUUAGCCCAGACAGUGCGAGAGAACCUCCAGGCGGCCCAACAGCGCCAGAAGGUAUGGUAUGACCGACGGGCUAGGCACCGGAGCUUUCAGAUAGGCCAAAAGGUCAUGGUAUUAAGGCCGGUCCGAACAGACAAGCUCAAGGCCGCCUGGCAGGGCCCCUAUAAAGUUAUAGGACAGAUAUGCGACACUACCUACACGAUAGCCAGCUGCGAGGAUGAAGAUGUGAAACGAACCUUUCACAUCAACAUGCUCAAGGCCUAUCGGGAAUGGGCAGAGGAGGUAGCCGCUAUCUGUGCACCAGCAGGAGAAGACACAGAGACCCUACCCCUUCCCGACCUAUUGGGCAGUAACGAAGGGAUGACCCAGAUAGAGAAAGUCCAACUAGGUGAACAGCUGGAGCCGCAAGAGCGGGCUCAAGCUGUCCGCUUACUAAAAACAAAACAGGUCACAUUCUCUCAGGAGCCUGGAUACACACUCCUAGCCAUACACAAGGUAGAGACUCCAGGACAGGCACCCCUGAGACAGCCUCCCUACCGUAUCCCCGAAGCAGUCCGGGAAGGGAUGCGGAAGGAAAUAGAUGAGAUGCUUUGGCUAGGCGUAAUCGAACCCUCAGAAAGUCCUUGGGCCUCGCCGGUAGUCUUAGUGCCAAAGAAGGAUGGGACAACCCGCUUCUGUGUAGACUACCGGCGCCUCAACGACAAGACAGUUACGGACGCCUAUCCGAUGCCACGGAUGGACGAGCUGCUUGACCGUAUCUCUGCAGGGAAGUAUCUGACCACAAUAGACCUAUGCAAGGGAUAUUGGCAGAUUCCCCUAGCAGAAGAUGCCAUACCCAAGUCAGCCUUCAUCACCCCGUUCGGUCUAUACCAAUUCCGGGUUAUGCCGUUCGGGAUGAAGAACGCCCCGGCCACCUUCCAACGGAUGGUGGAUCAGUUACUUGGGGGUCUCCAGAGCUUCGCAUGCGCUUACCUGGAUGACAUCGCCAUCCACAGCGAUACAUGGGAAGCGCACUUAGAGCACGUAGGGGUAGUAUUAGAUAGGAUCAGGGGGGCCGGGCUGACCCUGAAACCCGACAAAUGUCAUUUGGGUAUGGCAGAGGUACAAUAUUUGGGCCACCGAGUAGGAUGUGGUAAGCAACGGCCGGAGCCGGCUAAGAUCGAGGCCGCUGCCAAUUGGCCCACUCCCCACACCAAGACACAAGUCAUGGCUUUCCUGGGCACAGCCGGCUAUUACAGACGCUUUGUACCCGACUAUAGCGCCCUGGCCAAACCCCUGACCGACUUGACCAAAAAGAAGCUACCCCGACAAGUCCUGUGGUCCCCGGAAUGCGAGGUGGCUUUCCAAGCACUAAAGACUGCUCUGGUUAAUGCUCCGGUGUUGGUUACCCCAGAUCCUAACAAAAGAUUUAUUGUCCACACAGACGCUUCAAUGUUUGGACUGGGGGCAGUACUAAGCCAGAUCGGGGAGGAUGGAGGAGAGCACCCGGUGGCAUACCUGAGUCGGAAGCUGUUACCAAGGGAGGUCAGUUAUGCCACCAUUGAAAAAGAGUGUUUGGCCUUAGUAUGGGCACUCAAAAAACUCACACCUUACCUUUAUGGCCGGGCUUUCACUCUCAUCACCGAUCACAACCCCUUGGUGUGGCUUAACCGGGUUUCAGGGGACAACGCCCGGUUGCUACGCUGGAGCUUGGCCUUACAGCCCUAUGACUUUACGAUUCAUUAUCGCCCAGGCAAGCAAAACGGGAAUGCCGAUGGAUUGUCACGCCAAACGGAUUUAACCUCGGACUAA